AUGAGUAAUGAUGAUUUAGUUAUCGUUGGUAUCGCAUGUCGUUUUCCUGGUGGAAGUAAUUCAACUGAAGAAUUUUGGUCAAAUUUAGUUGAACAACGUGAUUGUGUACGUCCAGUUCCGAGUGAUCGAUGGAAUGCAGAUUAUUUUGUUGAUCCAUUAUCAAAUGAAAAUCAUACUCCAGCGAAAAUUCCAUCAUCUCGUUGUGGUUGGAUUGAUUUUGUUGGUGAAUUUGAUUAUGAAACAUUUUCUAUUGGUAAACGUGAAGCUGAAAAUAUGGAUCCACAACAGAAACUUUUAUUAGAAGUAACUCUUCAAGCACUUGAAGAUAGUGGAAUGCAAUAUGCUGGAUCAAAAACAGGUGUUUAUGUAGGAAUUGGACAAGCUGAACAAUAUGAAUUAACAACAGCUGAUUUAGAAAGUAUUAAUGCUUAUAGUGUAACUGGUUCAGCUUUAUCUAUAUGUGCAAAUCGUUUAAGUUAUUCAUUUGAUCUUCGAGGACCAUCGAUGUCAAUUGAUACAGCAUGUUCAUCGAGUAUGACUGCAUUUCAUUUAGCAUGUCAAGCUAUUCGAGAUGGAACAUGUUCAGCAGCUGUUGUUGCUGGUGUUAAUAUUUUAAUGAAUCCAUCAACAUUUAUUCAAUUUUCUCAAUUAGGUGUUUUAUCUCCGGAUGGAAUGUGUCAAUCAUUUAGUAAUAAAGCAAAUGGUUAUGUUCGUUCAGAAGGUUGUGGUGUUAUUGUUAUUAAAACAUUGAAAGAAGCUUUAAAAGAAAAAAAUCAUAUUUAUUGUUUAAUUCGUGGUUCAGCAAUUAAUCAAGAUGGACAUCAAUCUCCAUCAUUAACUAUGCCAAGUUCUCAAGCACAAAUGGAAGUUUUUCGAAUGGCAUGUCAAAAUGCGAAUGUUAAUCCAAAUGAAAUAUUUUAUGCUGAAGCACAUGCAACAGGAACAAAAGUUGGAGAUCCAACAGAAGCAAAUGCAAUUGGAAAAGUUUUUGGUCGAGAAGAAUCUUAUUUACGUAUUGGUUCAGUUAAAUCAAAUGUCGGACAUUUAGAAACAGCUAGUUUCAUGGCUGGUCUAUUGAAAUGUGUGUUGAUGCUUGAACAUCAACAAUUAGUACCAAAUAUUCAUUUUAAAAAAGGUGAAGAAAAUCCAGAUAUUCAAUUUGAUCAAUAUAAACUUGCUGUUCAAACAGAAAUUGAAAAAAUUGAAAAAGAUAAUGUUUUAAUGAUGAUUUCAAGUUUUGGUUUUGGUGGUGCUAAUGGUUGUGCAAUUCUUCAAGGAUAUCAACGACCUAUAAAAUCAUCAUCUUCUUCGUCUUCACCUCCUUCUUCUCCACAAUUAUUUCUUGUUUCUGCUUCAACACCAAAUGCUCUCGAAGCUCGAAUUCAAGAAUUAAAAUCUUCAUCUAAACAAUCUUAUUCAUUAGCUGAAAUCUCCUAUACACUUUAUCAUCGUCCAAUACAUCGUCUCGUUACAUUUGCUGUCGAUGAACAAUUAAAUGAGAAUACAACAUUUGUACCUACUCGAAAAUGUGUUGAUCAACCAUUAAAUUGUAUUUGGGUAUUUGCUGGUCAAGGUCCACAACAUCCAAAAAUGGGUAAAAUGCUCUAUGCUAAUGUAGAAAGUUUUCGUUUAUCAAUUGAUGCAUCUGAUUUAAUUUAUCGUGAAUGUUCAGGUCAUAGUUUAAUUAAAGACAUCGGUCUAUUUGGUUCAGAAGAUGGUGCAAAUCCAAUGGCUGUUUAUGAAAUUACCUAUACAUUACCUGCUCUAGUUUUUCUACAAAUUGCUCUUGUAGAUAUGUAUCGUGAUCUAGGUGUACCAUGUGCAGCAGUAUUUGGGCAUUCUUUUGGUGAAAUGGCAGCUGGAUAUGCUGCAAAUAUAUGUACAAGAACACAAUGUAUUCAAACUGCUUAUCAUCGUGCUCGAAUCCUUCGACAUGUUGAUGGACUUGGAGCAAUGAUGGCAGUGAGUUGUUCUAAAGAACAUAUUCAACCUCUCUUAGACGAACGAGAAAAAAUUUGGAUUGCUGCUUAUAAUGGUCCGAAUUCAUUAACAUUAGGUGGAAUUAAAGAAUCAAUCGCAAGUAUUUCAAGUGAAUUAACAAAACAAGAUAUCUUUAAUCGAAUAUUAAAAAUUAACAGUGCAUAUCAUACACCUCUGAUGACACCUAUUCGUACAGAAGCUCUUGCUGUAUUUAAACAAACAUUAGCUGGAUGUUCAACACCAACAGUUCCGUAUUUUAGUACAGUUACAGGACAAUGGAAAGAUCGUGAUUUUGAUGAAAAUUAUACUUUUGAAGGAAUUGAAGGAGCAGUAUUAUUCGAUGUUGCUGUUCGACAAUGUCUUGAACGAUUUGGUGUUGAUACAAGUCUCUUUCUUGAAAUGUCUGCACAUCCGGUUCUAAGUUCAUAUUUAACUGAGAAUGGUUCACAAUUUAAUUUAUGUACAUUAAAUCGUCAACAAUCAGAAAUGGAAACAACAUUAAAAGUAUUGGCUAAUUUACGUAUUUACGGUUGUUCACCAUCACAAGCAAAUAUUUCAAAAUUCUACUCAUCACCAUCACGUCUUCCAUCUUCUUUUCUUUAUCCAUUUCAACGGCAGUCUUGUGUUAAAGAAGAUCCAGCACAUCGUAUUCACCGAACAAUUCCUAAUUGGCAUAGUUUAGCAGGUUGUCCACUUGCUCAUCCUUAUCCAACUUUACAAACAAAAUUAUCGUUAAAAUCGUUUCUUUGGAUUGAAGAUCAUCGUGUUCAAGGUCCUGUUGUAUUUCCAGCUGCUGGUUAUAUUGAAAUAUGUAUGGAAGUAUUUCAUUCGAUGAAUUUAAAAGAUAUUCAAAUUGAAAAAGCUUUAAUUCUUCCAUCUGAUCCAAAUAUUUAUCGAACAAUAAGAAUUGUUCUUGAUGAUAAGAAUCAAUCUCAGAUAUCAAUGUAUUCUAAAUUAAAUGAAUAUGAUUCAACUAAUUGGACAAAACAUAUGACAGCUGUCAAAGAUGAUAUUCCCGCGUCUUCUUCUUCAAAUCUUCAACUACCAGAAUGGACAAACAAACUUAAAUCACGCUGUUCUUUCUCUACUAUUGAACAGAAAGAUAUUUAUGGACGAUUUUCAAGUAUUGGUCUCGAUUAUGGGCCAUCUUUUCAAUGUAUUCGAACACUUUAUCAAGGUGAUAAUGAAGCUUAUGCACAUUUAAAUAUUUCACAUUUACCUAAACCAUUGGAAAAUUCCAAACAAUCUCGAUUUCAUAUUCAUCCAGCAAUACUAGAUUGUGCAUUUCAAGUUCUUCUCGGUACACAACGUUAUUUUCAUACAGCUUAUGUUCCAACAUUUAUUAAACAAAUUCAAUGGAAAAUUGAAACAAAUGAAUUACCUGAUAAUAUCUAUGUUUAUGCUCGAAUGAGAAAUUCUGAUUCGAAACAAAUUAUUACCGGUGAUAUUUAUGUUAUUGAUGAAGAACAACAACGUCUCGUCGGUAUGAUUCUUGGUUUUGAAGCUACAGCAUUAGGUCAAUCAAAUCAAGCUCAACCUCUUUAUACUCUUCAUUAUCAAAAUAUUCAAACACCAUCGAUAAAAACACAAACACAAUUGAACAUUAUAGAAAUUCCCAAAUCAAUUAAAGAACAAGAAAAUCUAUUUGAUGAUGCAUGUUCAGCAUAUAUCGCUGCAUUCCUCGCUUCGAAUCCAUUUGAUCAGGAAACAGUUGAUAAAUGGCCUAUUCAUCGUCAACGAUAUUGGCAAUGGUUACAUUCUACUAUUAAAUCAAAGAAAAUCUCUCCUCAAUCAAUUCAAUCCAUUGAUCAUGAUUCAUGCAAAGAACUUUAUUAUGAAGCACAAGCAAUUCAUCGUGUAGGAAAAAAUCUACAUGCUCUUCUUAGUGAUAAUUUUGCUGUACAAAAUCUUUUCUUUGCUGAAAAUGAUCCAUUCAUGGCUGAUCUCUAUUCGAAAUCAAUGACAUUUCAACCUUAUACAGAUAUUCUUGCACAAAAACUCGUCGAUCAGUUUAAGAUCAUUGAGAAAGAACACCGAGGAGAAUCCUCACGUGUUUUCUCUAUUUUAGAACUAGGUGCUGGUACAGGUGCUCUUACUUCAGUCAUUCUCAAGAAAUUAUUUGAACAAACAUCAAUUAUUCAAGAAAGUCGAUUGAUUUAUGUUUUUACUGAUGUUAGUGGUAAAUUUCUUCUUGAUGCAAAGAAACGUUUUUCUUCCAUCUAUCCAUGUAUUCAAUAUGAAAUAUGUAAUCUUGAUGGAGAUUUAACAACACAAAAAAUUAAUCGUUAUUCAUUUGAUGUUGUUUGUGCAUUUGAUGUUCUUCAUGUUGCACAAGAUUUAACUUUAUGUUUAAAUCGUGUUCAACAAUUAUUAAAACCCAAUGGUUUUCUUCUAUGUAUUGAAUUAACUCGACCAUGGACAUGGAUUGAAUUCUUUUUUGGUUUAUUUGCUGGCUGGUGGCAUUUUACAGAUACAAAUACAAGAUCAACAUGUUUUCUUAAUGUUAACAAGUGGAAAGAAAUUUUAACACAAACAGGAUUUGAAGAAAUUCAAAUUGAAAAUGAAGGAGAACCAGAAUUUGCUCAUUCAUUAUUGAGUGCUCGAGGUGCAGAUUGGACACUUCAGAAGAAAGAUCUUUCCAAUCGAAUAAUAUUUGAUACAACUGAAGCAACUGUUCAAAAUCUUCAUACAUAUAUGGAAAAAUUAUUAGAAUUAGCUCAAUCGUUAAUUCCAGUAACAGAUUCAACAACUGUCUUUGUUCUUACUCAGACAACCACUCCACCCAUUGGUGCAACAUUUACUGGUUUUACUCGAGUUUGGGCGAAUGAAGCAACACAACAUCGAAUUUGUUCGAUUGAAUUUGAUCAGGAAGAAUUGAAAAAGAAACAAUUUUGGUUAGAACGAAUUGAAAAUAUGGUAGAAAAAACAUUGGAACGAGAAUUUAUCAUUCAUGAAAAUAACAUUACUGUUCCACGUCAUAUUCCUCGAACUUUAACAAAUGUCUUAACCAAAACCAAUCAAGAACAAUUCUCUUCGAAUGAAAAGAAAAAAGAAAAUUUUCGUUUAGAAAUUGAUACAGUUGGUCAAUUACAAACAUUAAAAUAUCGUUUAUUUGAUCUUCCUUCUUCUCUAUCACCAAAUGAUGUUCAAGUUGAAGUUUAUGCUUCAUCAUUAAACUUCAAAGAUUUAAUGUUAGCAUUGGGAAUGUUAGAAAAUCCAAUGGGUUUCGAUCGUCAAACAUUAAAAUAUCGAGAAAAUUCAAUCAAUUUAGGUUUAGAAUUAAGUGGAAUUGUGACAAAUGUUGGUUUAAACGCUUCUAAAAACUUUAAAAUUGGAGAUGAAGUAUUUGGCUUUGCUAAUCAUUGUUUUGCUUCUCAAGUUGUAACACAUGGAGAUUUCCUUGUGAAAAAACCAUCUCAUCUAUCUCAUACCGAUGCUGUUUCAUUACCCAUUGUCUUUGCAACCGUCUAUGCUGGAUUAAUUGCUAAAGCUCAAGUAAAAGCAGGUGAAACUGUACUUAUUCAUUCAGCAGCGGGUGGAAUUGGUCAAGCUGCUAUUCAAUUAUGUCAACAUAUUGGUGCUCAUGUUAUUUGCACAGUUGGUUCUGCUGAAAAACGUCAAUUCUUAGAACAAACUUAUGGUUGUAAAUUAUUUGCUAAUUCUCAUUCGACUGACGAAUGGAAAUCGGAAGUUAUGAAAUUAACAAAUGGUGAAGGUGUAGAUAUUGUUUUAAAUUCUUUAAAAGGUGAUGCUAUUCAAGCUGGUUUACAAUGUUUAAAAAUUGGUGGACGUUUUAUUGAAAUUGGUAAAGUGGAUAUUUUAAAUCAUUCACAGUUAGAUAUGAAUUUAUUAUUGAAAGAUUUAAGUUUUCUUAGUGUUCAAUUAGAUAUAUUAAUGCAAAGUCAAACAAAGAAAAUUCAAGAAUAUUUACAAUCCAUUGAAAAAUUAGCAUCAAACAAAGCAAUUUCUCCGAUUGUUGAUCGCAUUUAUCAAUUAAAUGAUACUGAAUUAGCAUUUCGUUUUCUAAUGUCUGGACAACAUAAAGGAAAAUUAAUUUUAAAUAUGAAAAGUGAACUGCCCGCUCUAUUUCCUUCGACAACUAUUUAUAAUUCUCAAACUUGUUAUAUUUUAAGUGGAGGAACAGGAGCAUUAGCUCUUCAAUUAGUUCAACAUCUCAGUGCUCAUGGAGCUAAACGUUUUCUUCUAUUAUCUCGUCAAGGUUCUUCUGGUUUAAGAUCAUCCGAUGCGACUAUGCUUACUGAUCUUCAACGUUUUGGAAUUGAAAUCUGUAUUGAAAAAUGUGAUGUAGCUAAAUUAGAAGAUAUUCAAAAUGUUUUACAAACAGCACAAAUGAAAUUCAAUGUUUCUUCAUUGAAAUAUAGUCUUCUUCAUUUAGCUAUGGUUCUUGAUGAUGCACCGAUUUCAAAAUUAAAUAUUCAACGGAUAGAAAAUGUUCUUCAAUGUAAAGUUACCGGUGCAAUGAAUUUUCUUCAAAUAAUUCCUGAUGAACACUUAGAAAAUGUCAUAUUUUUUUCGAGUGCUGCUUCAACAUUUGGAAAUCCAUCUCAAGCAAAUUAUAGUGCAGCAAAUACAUUUCUUGAUAAUUAUGCUAGUCAACUUUCGAAAUUAAGAAAAAAUCGAGUGAAAGUUUUAAAUUUAGGUUUAGUAGAAGAUGUUGGAAUUCUUGCUGAAGAUUGGAAAUUAAAACAAAUUUUAACUGCUAAAGGUUUUGCUGGUGGUUUAACAUCAACAGGUGUUUGUCAACUUGUUGAUCAUGCAUUUCUUCUACAAAAUGAUGAUCAAUGUCAAAUGUUAUAUGGAAAUUUUCAAAUGGAAGAUUUAAUUCAUUCAUAUCCAAUAUUAAAAACUCGUCUAGAACAUUUAAUUGAUCAAACAAGAUUAAAUAGUAAUGCAAAUUCAGGAACAUCUACUAAUGGAAAUGAAAUAACGAUAUCUUCGAUUUCAACAUAUAUUUCAAGUCUUUUAGCAACAUCAAAUCUCGAUGUUAAUGAAGCAUUGACUGUUCAAGGUUUAGAUUCACUUCUUGCCGUUGAAUUAAGUGCUGGUUUAAAGAAACAAUUUGGAUUAGUCAUCAGUCAAUUAGCAUUACUUGGUGGAUUAUCUGUUAAACAAAUUGUAGAAUCUGUUUCUAUUUAA